AUGAUGACCUAUAAUUUUAUUCAGGAAGACCAAACAGAUUUUAUGACCAUCUCAACCACCGAUGAUAUGAAUGGUGAGAUUGGUAUGGAUCAAACUCAUGAUUUUAUUGGGAAUGAGGAUGGUAGUGUCAGUAAGGAUGACAACGACGUGAAUGAACCACACACAAGCUCAUGUGCUGAAAAACAAUCCUUUACUCAUUAUUCAAACAAUCAAAACAAGCAAAUUCUCUCGAACAAGAACAUUCUCACUGUUUCGAACAAAAUUAUUGGGGCACAUGCAGAUGCUGUAAACCAUGUCUUUUAUGUGCAAGAAGAAAAAUGCAUUAUUAGUGCAGGAUGGGACGGAUAUGUUAAAAUUUGGGAUCUUACAGAUUCCGACGAGGAUAUGGCCUUAUUAAUGGAGAUUAAUCUUCAUGGUUGCAUCACAGCCAUGGAUGUUAAAUAUCCUCUCAUGAUUGUAUCCAGUCAACCACGUAAUAUUGUAUUGUUUGAUUUACAUCAACCCAACAUUCCUAUGAGAUCUUGGAAGAGUAGUUUGAAAAGUGAGACACAAAAACAUUGUUUGAAAUUAUUCCCAGAUCGUAUUGGUUUUGCAUACAGUACAGUUGAAGGAAGAUGUUCAAUCAGCCACAUCGACAGUGCUCAUGCCUCAUCGAAUUUCAUUUUCAAAUGUCACAGAACUGCUCAAGAUGUUUUCCCACCUAAUUCCAUUGAUUUUAAUCCUGUAUUUGGAACGUUUUCAACCACUGGAGGUGAUAAGAAGGCUUUUUAUUGGGACAAGGACUCUAAACAAAAACUCUAUACCUCAGAGACCUAUCAAAGACAAGUAGGAGUGGGAGUUUUCAAUGAUACUGGAUCACUUUUUGCCUAUGUCAUUCAAUACGACUAUAGCAAAGGAUGUUAUGGAUUGGAUGAAAAUGCUAGUGCUGACCGAGUGGGCAUUGUCAUUCAUCAACCAUCGUCUGAACAUAUCAAGAAUAGAGGCACCCCUCAUUACAAAUCAGCUCUCGUCCAAAAAAACUUGUGA